UUGGCGCGGCCGCCUGUCAAUCAGGCCGGCGCCCCGCCGCGCCGGGGCUCCGCCGUGCCACAGAGACGAGCCGCGGCGGCGGCAGACACAGCCCCGGAGCGGGGCCGCGCCGCGCCGCGCCGGGGGAGGCGGCGGAGGAUGGAGGAGGAGAUGCAGCCGGCGGAGGAGGGGCCCAGCACCCCCAAAAUCUACAAGCAGCGGGGUCCCUACAGCGUCCUGAAGACCUUCCCCGGGAAGCGGGCGGCGCUGGCCAAGCGCUAUGAGAGACCCACCAUGGUGGAGGUGCCCCGCGGGCGCGGAGCGGGGCAGCCCUUCCCGCACGCCGCCGAGCCGCUGCCCUACGCGCCGCACGGCCCCUUCCCCAACGGGCCCGCCCGCCCCGGCGCUGCCCCCGGCGCUGCCCAGGGCCACCCCCGCCCGCCGCCGCCGGCCCCGAGCUCCUCGGGCCGCUACGGCCCCUGCCCGGCGGUGGCGGGGGGCGGCGGCGCGGAGCUGAGCGCAGAGAGUCGAAUGAUUCUGGAUGCCUUUGCUCAACAAUGCAGCCGGGUUCUAAGUCUCUUAAAUUGUGGUGGAAAACUACUGGACAACAAUCACUCUCAGUCCAUGAUUUCUUGUAUAAAGCAGGAAAACCCAAAUUAUAGUGAAAGACAAGAGCAAUGUCAGCUCGGGAAAAUGGUCCAUAGUCAGACGUCAGACAUUUUAGACAUAGAGAUGCAGUAUAUGCAAAAGAAACAACAAACCUCAGCCUUUCUGAGAGUUUUUACUGAUUCCCUUCAGAACUAUUUGCUUUCUGGGAGCUUCCCUUCUCAGAACACCUCAUCAAUAAAUGAUUUUAGCCAUUUGGCAGAUGUGGAUCCACUUUCAGCCUCUCCAGUGCACACUUUAGGUGGAUGGACAUCUCCAGCAACAUCGGAAUCUCAUGGUCAUCCAUCAUCUUCUACACUUCCAGAGGAGGAAGAGGAGGAGGAGGAAGAAGGUUACUGCCCUCGGUGUCAAGAGCUAGAGCAGGAGGUAAUUUCAUUGCAACAAGAGAAUGAAGAGCUUCGUAGAAAGUUGGAGAGCAUUCCAGUGCCCUGCCAGACGGUUUUAGAUUAUUUGAAGACUGUACUUCAGCAUCACAACCAGCUUAUGGUGCCACAGCCAGCAGACCAUCCAACCGAGGGGAGUAAGCAGUUGCUGAACAACUACCCUGUCUACAUCACUAGUAAACAGUGGGAUGAGGCUGUAAAUUCUUCCAAGAAAGACGGACGACGGCUCCUUCGCUAUCUCAUCAGAUUUGUUUUCACAACCGAUGAGCUUAAGUACUCAUGCGGCCUUGGGAAAAGGAAAAGGUCAGUGCAGUCAGGAGAGACAGGUCCUGAAAGACGUCCUCUGGAUCCAGUUAAAGUAACAUGUCUCAGAGAGUUCAUUAGGAUGCACUGUACCUCCAACCCGGACUGGUGGAUGCCCUCUGAGGAGCAGAUUAACAAGGUGUUCAGCGACGCCGUGGGGCACGCGCGCCAGGGCCGCGCCGUGGGGACUUUCCUGCACAAUGGCAGCUCGUACUACGAGGGGACUGACCACCCGGGGGCACAGGACGAGGUCUUCAACAGAGGGAUGCAGGACGGAUCUGGAGAUUGAUGGCACUGAGAACCGCGUCGCACUGCAGUAGCAACCACUUAAUGUAGGAGAGACUGUUUGUUAAACAUCCCUAACCCUGCUGUCAUUUAGGAGUCCAAAGCAUGUUUGAACACACACUGCAUACAUUGCAGCUUCUCCGUCCUACCCUAUCCCAGACAACAGAAAGAAAUCCAUUUCAAGACCUGCUUUAUGGGACUUCUCAGUGCCUAUUCUUUCCAAACCCUUCAUAGCUCACUCAAAGGGAACAUGCAGUCCAUUUCAUCCAGUUGUAGAGGAAAGGUCAUUUAAAAACUAUAGAAGUGUCAAAAAAAACAACAGCUACUAUCUAUCUCUUCAGCCUAUUGAUAACAAUCCCAGGCCUGGACUCAGAACAGAUUUGCUUUCCCUGACUAGAAGAUAUGUACAAGUCUGCACACAACAAAAAAAAAAAAGGAGUGGUUUCCCAUUUGCUAACAGAAAAGAACAUAAUUGUAAGUGCUACCUUAAAGUACCACAUAAGACAGAAAAUCCAGGGACUUUCUUAGCCAACUCUGUCAGGAAAUUAAGCUUCCCGAGUAAAACAGCAGCACUCAUCAACAGCAGAAUCCUUCAAAGACCCAGAACAAUAACAGGCAUUUCUAACAGAUAAAAAUUGCAUUGUAUAUCAGAUAGACAGUAUAUUUAUCUAGAUUUCUAGAGGAUUAGAGUUGAUCAUGACAGUUUUCAUUAAAACAAGAUUGCUAAAAACAAAUUGCCAUUUCUGAAGACAGAUUUUCCUUUGUCUGUUCCUAUUCUGCAGCCAUAUUACAUAGCUUUAGAGGCUUUAAAUUGCCUUUUCUUGUUUUCACUUUAAUUUAUGCUUUAUAUCCAUUCCUUGAAAGAGGUGAGGCAAUGUGCUGGUUUUGCUCAAUGUUGCAUUCAGGGAGGGGUUGGGCUAGAAGAACCUGAUUUGGUGUUCUGUAGUAGGUAGACACGAGAUCCAGACUGAGCGCUGUAAGAGAAGAGCUGUUGGAGCAGAAUUUGCAAUGGUGCACGACAUUGGAAGCAGAUACUAGCUUUAAAAACAAAAGUCAAUCCACAAAAGAGUUUAAUUUUACAUGUUUAGGAGUCCAUUGUCCCUCUAAAUUGAUCCACACCAGAAACAUGCAAUGCCAAAGAAACUAUGCCCUUUCCUUUCCACAUCAGUGUGUUUCCAUCUCCUUACCUUUCUGUGCUCACUCAGGCCGGUGUUGGCAUCCUCCACAGCCUGAACCAGCACUUCCUGAGGCACCAUUUCCCCACUGGCAGGAACAGGGAGCUGUUUUUUGGGAAGAAAGCUCACUCCACUUUUGCCAUCCCUAGUGCUACCUCAUCAGCGUUGGCUCUCCUGAACGCGUCUCUCACACUGCCCCAGCUUUCCUCACUGCCCUGUGCAAGCCACGAGCCCAGCUACCAAUGGCUCCCUUGGCCCUUCUCCUCCCUGCCCACCUUCUCCCCCAGCACCAGAGGCACUGGUCCCCUCCUGCCCUCACCUCCCCUGCCCGUGGCUGUGACAGGUCUCUCCAGCCCGUGGGGCAUCUCGGGACACGGGCUCACCUUGCACUGCCAGAGAGGGGACCUUGCUCAGUCCCUGUAUGCUUUAGGCCCUCAAAUCUCCAGUACCUCUGGGUUCACUUUAAUUUUGGUGAUUUCUUUUGGAAGGGGCUUGAAAGGUACUCACUGGCCCCAAAAUAAUUAAUUUAUUUUCUUAAAGUCAGCUAGUAGUUUAGCCACACAGGACCUCAGUAGACCAAGGGGUUUACUACAGCAUUCCUUCAUUACAGGCAGGAGGUGACUUUCUUGGAGCUGUCACACCACGUGGUGGCCUCUGGAGGAGAAAUUCAGUGUAUAGAAAUGUCACAGUACAGAUAUCCUAUAGUAGCUUUUCGGUGUUGAACUUACACUUUUUUAAAAAGAACUAUAAUAGAAGAUGUUACAUUGCUCAGAUGGUGUAAGUCUUGCUGGUCUAUGUUUAAUGUGGUGACACAUGCCAGAACUAUUUGGUAAAACAUGUCAGAACGUGUGAGUCAACAUUAUACUGUAAAUUUGUCCACAGCGAUAUGUAUCAUGCUGUGUUUUUGUAAACAUUGUGAUGGUUUCCUUUCAGAUGCUUAAUUGUAUGAUGUUUAAGAUAUAAACACUUUUUAACAGUCACAGAACAGAAUUACUGAACUGGACAGACCUCUCACUUAAUAACUGAAAGAUUUGCUGAAGUAACUAGUAAGCCUAGCUUUAUUUUUAGUGUAAAAAGCAUAGCCAGCAUCCUGGAGCCACUCACAAUCCACUACUCUCAUCGUGCAAAAUAACCAAAAGUAUAAUUUCAUCCUGAAAGCCACUUUGGCAGUAGAAAUGGCUUUGCAGGUUUGGACCUUUCUUUAUGAACAAAAUUUUGUCCUCAGUUGCUUAUGUGCACUGGCCAGUGACAUGAAUCAUAGUCACAGACUGGCAUUAGCAAACACCAGCUCAUAUUUUUGUUCAUGUUUUGUUUUAAAAAAACAGAGUAUAACAACUUUUGUCAGUUGUCUGUUUUCAAUUGCCAUCGUGGCCACUUGACCCACACAUUUAAUUUUAAAAAUCCCAAACCUUCUUGCACAACAGCUUUUUCCAGUUAAUUUGUUCAUUAGGUGUUAUAUAUUCAUACACAUUGAAUAUCUAAAUAUCUGCAGAAUGUUAGAUAUGGGACCUGAAAUAACAGAUAGCACAUAAGCCCUUGCAGAGGGAGAUAUCCAUAUUUAGGCAGUGUGCUUUAUAAGCCAGCACAUCCUUUCCCAGCAACAGAAGGAAACUGCUAUCUAUCAUGUCACUCCAGGAAGUCCCAGGAGGACAGAGAUUCUUGUCUUAUCCUUCCAUAUGCUUUAAUCUUACUGUCAUUUAUGUAUCUGCCUUCUCUCAAACUUUGUGUAGCAGCACCGCACGCCCAUCUGUGCCAACAUGCCUUCGCUAUAUUUUCUAUGACAAAUAUUUGUGGAGAAACUGUGAUUAAAAAGAAAACAUUAAUCCUGAUAUUUUUAUUGUUAUGGUGUAGUUAAUUCUAUGAAUACUUUCUUAUGAUGAUUGUACUGUGUAGAGUAAGUACAGGUUAGGGAUAGACCUUUAUCAGAUAUUGUACAAAAGAAAAGUGCAUAGUGUAAUAUAGACUAGUAAGGUUUUUGUGACUAUUUCUAUAGGAUGUGUGAAUUGUUUUCUAUGUGGCAACACACAUUUCUUUUAAAGAAUAUAAAAUCUUAGAGAAUUUUUUAAACAGUCAAUAUUUUUUAAUUAUAAAGACAUUUGUUACCUACAGUUUACUAUUUCAGGUGUUAAUUCUAAUUUGAAUAUUGGUUUUAUUACUACAUACCUCCAGUUCCAUUUGUUCUGUUGCAUAAAAAAUGCACAAUAAAAGUUAGUCUCUGGUUAA